AAACAAAUCUUUUUGUUCCAAUGACAAAUCUUCCUUUGUUACUUACGAGUACUCUCCUUUUACUAGAUGUUUCUAAUAGUGUUCCAAGAUCUCAAACCCUCCAAAGGAUCUGUACACACCAAGUAGAGCAUAAUAACGCAACAGUUUCCACUCUAAGGACUGGGUUUUUCAUUGCAACUAUGGAAAACAUAAGCGCUCAAAUGGGCAGUCAAGGCUGGGGAUUUUCUGUAAAUGGGAAAGGACCAUAUACGAACUUUGGACUAGGGCAAUGCUAUGGCGAUCUUUCUUUAGUUGAUUGCACGUUGUGCUACGUUGAAGCCCGUAGUGUAUUACCCCUGUGCUUCCCUCAUAAUGGGGGCAGAGUUUAUCUUGAUGGCUGUUUCAUGCGCAACGAGAAUUUCGACUUCUUUCAAGACAACAUAGGACCAGAGGACACCUAUGUUUGUGGGAAUGGAACUAGGAAGGAUUUGUUGUUCCAAGAGAGAACCAAGAGGGCUGUGCUCCAAGCGGUUUCAAAAGCGUACAAUAACAAUGGAUAUGCACGGAGUGAUGAGGCGCCGGUGGUAUAUGUUUUGGCCAAUUGUUGGAGGACUUUGAAUGGUAGUGCCUGCAGAGAAUGUUUGGAGAAUGCUUCUAGGUCCAUGUUGAAAUGCUUACCUUGGUCCGAGGGUCGUGCGUUGUACACUGGGUGCUUCAUGAGAUAUUCUCACACUAACUUUCUUAAUCCUAUUCCAACUACAAAAGCCUCAUCAAGAGCAAAUGCAGUAAUCAUUCUAGUGGUAGCUGCUUGUUCUGUAAUUCUUUUUAUUGUGGGGUUAGUCAUUGGUCUUUAUGUUUGGAAACAGAAAAGAGUGGAGAAAAAAAGAAGAGGUUCAAAUGACAACAAGAAAUUAGUGAAGAUCCUUCAUGACAGUAGCUUGAACUUCAAAUAUUCCACACUCAAGAAAGCCACAGGAUCUUUUGAUGAUGCCAACAAGCUAGGACAAGGAGGAUAUGGUAUUGUUUACAAGGGAGUUAUGGAAGAUGGAAGAGAAAUUGCUGUCAAAAGGCUGUUCUUUAAUUACAAAUAUCGAGCCGCAGAUUUUUACAAUGAAAUAAAUAUAAUUAGCAAUAUAGCGCAUAAAAAUUUGGUCAGGCUGUUAGGUUGUAAUUGCUCCGGCCUCGAAAGCCUUUUGGUAUAUGAAUUCAUGCCAAAUCAAAGUCUUGAUAGGUUCAUUUUCGAUUCAAACAAAGGCAAAGAUUUAAAUUGGGAAAGGAGGUUAAACAUAAUUAUAGGGAUAACAGAAGGCUUGAUAUACCUCCAUGAAAACUCACAGGCACGGAUUAUUCAUAGAGAUAUCAAGGCAAGCAAUAUCCUAUUGGAUCAAAGGUUUCGUGCUAAAAUUGCCGACUUUGGGUUGGCAAGAUCUUUUCAGGAAGAUAAAAGCCAUAUAAGCACUGCUAUUGCUGGAACGCUGGGAUAUAUGGCUCCAGAAUACUUAAUCUAUGGACAACUAACUGAAAAGGCAGAUGUUUACAGCUUUGGAGUAUUAUUGUUAGAAAUCGUAAUGGGAACACAGAACAACAAGAGCAAAAACAUAGAAUACUCAUCUAGUGUGAUAAAUGUUGCAUGGAUGCACUUCCAGGAGGGAACAAUAGAGGAGCUAUUUGAUACAAACUUAAUGCUUCAUAACUACCACGACAUCAAUGUGAAAAUUGAGGUUUUUAGAGUAGUUCAUAUCGGGCUAUUAUGCAUCCAAGAGGAGCCAUUUCAUAGGCCAUCCAUGUCCAAGGUGUUGCAAAUGCUUGUGAAGAAGGAAGAAGAGUUGCCUCAUCCAAGUAAUCCUCCUUUCAUAGAUGAGAAAACCAUGGAAUUUAAUAGUUAUUGGAAUAGCCCAAUGUAUCAUCUCGAAGAAGGAGAAUUUGCUUCAAAUGCCACCAUGUCUCGCAGUUCUUUCUUGUGAUAAAUUUCAUCUUUACGACUAGUUGAGCUGUCCAUGCAGGCCCUUGCAGUUCUUUAUUGUGAUCAAUUUCACCUCUGCGACUAAUUGAGCUGCCCAUGUAGGCUCUUGGAGCUCUUUCUACCCCAUGUGAUGUGAGUAGUUGGUAUAAAAUUUAUGAACUUGAAGUAUGACAUAAAGCAUAUAUACAUGUAAAGUAGAUGAA